AUGCUUCUUAUUCUUUCUGAGCAGCAAAAAGAACAUUUGAAGUUCUUAACAUCUUUGGAACUCGAUGUGGUCCUUGAGUUUGCCCGAAUAUCCCUGGAUUCUAUUCUCAAAGGCUCUUCGAAUCCCAAAAUCUUCCAAGCGGCCGCUCAAAAGCUCGCUGUUGAAGUGGACACCGUGAAAAAUGGAAUUAGUGGUUUACAGCAUGUCUUCACAGAGAGUUCUCGCUUGAUGGUCGGCGAAAUUGAUUUUCAAGAUUCCAUCAUGACACUUGGUUUCUCCGAAGAAAUGAUCGGUGCAUUGUUGAAGAUGUAUUUGGAAAAUCGCAAAGAAAUUAGGAACAUCUUGGGAGAGAUGAGCUUGCGAACCCCACAUUACCACGACCUGGAAUGGAGAUUCGAUGUAGAGCUUGCCAGCAGGUCACUGCAGCAUCAGACAAACCCUGUGAUCUUUAUGAGGUUGCAUACAAAACAGGGAGAGAAGAAGUCCGCAGACAUAUUUCAAACUGAUCCAGUGAACUUGAUUCACCUUACUUCAGAGUUGGAAAACGCAAUGCAAGAAAUGAAAACUGCUCACUGCCGAAGAAUUGUUAGAAAUAUAAAAUGA